UAGUGCGUGACCCGACAAACGGUGUUGUUUUGUUUUUUUUAUUGCCUAUUGUAUUGUGAUAUUUUACUGUUCGGCCUACAUACAUAGCGCGACGAUGUAAUAAUAUUUUGUUGGGAAUAUCAGAAUCAUUCGAGCGUUCACCGAUCGAUACACCAAAGUGUAAUAAACACAGAAAACACACCGUUUUUUUUUCAUUGUUCACAAUCGCGGUAACCAUAGAAUCCGUUAUGCCUUGUCGCCACACGUCCGUUUCGACCAUUGAACCGUCACAGCAAUCGGUGUUAUAUUUUCUUGCUUCGUCACGGUUCGUAUUGUAACAAAUCGUCUGCAAUCAGCUGUAAUAAAACUUAAGCAAAAUCGAUUUACGGUCAAAAGUCAAAAAGCGUUUUGACAAUAUUAACGUUAUCGUUGACUUUGGUCUUGUACUAUUCGGAUAACAAUAAUAAUAACAAUGGACAAAUGGGAUCAGUUGACCGAAGUGUUCAUAUCGGACGAAGUGUUGUUGAUGUGCCACAAUUUGGCGUUGCUCACCGAAAAAGAAGAAGUGGCCGCGCUAUUGAUCGGCGAAAAAAUAAUAACUGAAAACGGAACGACCGUUUCUGUGUCGGCGUUGUCAAUACCGCCAAGAGGGGAAAUUAAAAAAGACCGAGUGGAAAUCAUGUCUGAAGAUUUGGUCGCCGCCAUGGAGGACGCCAAACAGCUGUCGCGUGCCAAAGGCGCCAACUUGAAUGUCAUCGGCUGGUAUCAUUCUCAUCCUCACAUCACGGUUUGGCCGUCGAAUGUCGAUUUACAAACCCAACUCAAUUUGCAAAACAUGGAUUCAUGUUUCCUUGGUAUUAUUUGUUCCUCGUACAAUACCGACCCUACCACUAUGAUGAAAGAAAUGAACAUGGUAUGUUUUCAAUCGAAACGCAUAGACGGACUGGUUCACAGAGUCGAUAUUAAAUUCCACGUAAUUCCUACGGCGUGUACGAGUCAGUUAUCAUUAGGGAUAAUCGUAAAGCACAUAGAAACGCUUUACGAUGAACUGAUCAAAAACUACAACCAAGCCAACGAGGGUAACGCGUGUCCGAUGACUCAACUUCAUAACGAUUCCGUGUACACACUGCUGGGCAUACACAUGUUGGAAACCGUGGCCAAACCCAUGUUGCAAAUGUUGGAGACCCAACGCGAAAGUUCCACGAAAAGGGUCCAAAGGCUGCAGGCGAAACUUGAACAGAUAUCGUUGGACGAUGAGUACUAUUGCGACGGCAAAAGGAGAACCCAAGAGAAACCAUUCAACGACGACCGUGAAAUCGCAUCCGUCAGCGGUGCGCCGAAGAAACAACAGUCCGGCAUGGUCUCUUCUCCCGUUUGAAUUAUGUGUUUACGUUAAGCGACACAUUUUCAUUUUUAGUACUGUUCAAACUUGUGUUUUUGUGUUUCCUUUGACAAGUGUGUCAGUGCACACACAUGAACUCGUUCGAUUAUUUGCUUGAGAUACAAAUAAUAAAAUUUAACGCUUCUAUAAAAAUAAAACAACGCAUGAUUUCCUACAUGAAUAUCUAAAUAGUCCAAUAAUAGUUAAACUGCUUUUUUUUUUUUAACUUUAAGAUUACACAAAAGCCCGAUAAUUGGGACAAAAAAAAAAAAUAACCUACCAAUAGAUUUGAUCGAUACAUCCGACCACCGUGUACUUAAUUAUAAAGUCGAUAACGUUUGACGAAUCCGUCCUUCGGACAAUACUGGAAAUUGUUUUUAUUUUUGUACAAAUAUUUCUUUAGAGCACGGUUUGAGUAACAAAAAAAAAAAAUAAUAACUAAUUAUGAAGUUUUGACGUAAAAUUUAUAGUUCUUGUUUGACACGACAAACUGUUGCCAGAAAUAACGUUAUGUUUUGUCGGAAAAAUAAAAACAAGGCUUUGUUAAAUGUUUACAUUGUUUUUUUUUUUUAAUGUAUUGAAGUAUAUAUUUUAUUUAAAUACAUAUUUGUAUUUAUUUUGUUUUCAUAAUUAGAUCAAAAUAUGUUUUGAGUAAAAAUUAAAAACGCGUUUACUUGCCUGUGAAAUACACUUUUUAGAAGAACUAGUUUUCACACUCAAAUUUAUACCAAUUUAUCUAAUUUUAUUUUUAAAUCGAUAAUCAUUGAAAUUAUAUUAUUACAUGCCAAGUGUAAAACCGAGCACGAAUCGAUGAUUUGUUGGAAUAUUUAAGACAUUGUGUUAUAACAAAACGGAUAUAAUAUACUCUGUUCAAUGUCAAACAAUGAUUGUUAAUAAAAAUGUUGUAAUAAAUAAAGUAGUAUGUUGCCCAUUA